UCCACCCACGCACACCCGGCAGGCCAGGUUGCUCCAGGCGCACCUCCCUGGCGGAGCCGAGGAGGGAAGGAGCAAGGGAUGGGAUGAGAGACCGAGGGUCUCAGCUCCAAGCACACCCCACCCCGGGCCACUUUCUGGGCCUAGCGCUCCCCGAGUCCCCCCCAGCUUUGCUUCUCACCCCCGACGGAGCAGAGGGGUCUUGCCAAGCCCGUCUGAUCCUCUGGCCCCUCCAGAGAAGCAAGAGAGGGCGCCACUCCUCAGAGAGAGAUUGGGCCUAAGAGUCUGAUUUAGAGGGCUCUGCAGCCCCCGGCCCCCGACCCUCCCGAGCCCCGGCGUCUCCAGCCCCUCCACGUGCCAGCCGGCCCGCCCCCGCUCGGGCCCUGGGCGCCGCUCUCAGCCCCGGGCCUCGGCGGAGAGGGGGCCCGGACUCACGCGUUCCAAGCGCCCCCUGCCGUCUCACCGGAGCCUGGGAGGCGGCCCCAACGCAGACCCCGGCCCUGCGGGGCCGGCCCCUGUGAAUGGGCCGGCGGGCGGAGCAGCACGGAGGGGACCGCCCUCUGCCCGCCCGCCCAGGAGGGGACGCGAGCUGGUGGCUGCGCCAGCAGCGCCCGCCUGGGGCCCGCGGCACUCUGCGCUCGUCCUCCCGGGCUGCGCGACGGGACGGGGACCGGCGCGGACUCUGCGGGCCGGCAGCCGAGUCCGGGCCGGAGCCCGAGCCGCCGCGGGAGGCCAAAGGGCUGCGCGCGGAGAUGGCGGCCCCGGCGGCCGCAGCGGCGGCGGAAGGGAUGGAGCCGCGGGCGCUACAGUAUGAGCAGACCCUGAUGUAUGGCCGGUACACUCAGGAGCUUGGGGCCUUUGCCAAAGAGGAAGCUGCUCGGAUCCGCCUGGGAGGGCCCGAGCCCUGGAGGGGUCCACCUUCCCCUCGGACUCCCCCCGAGCUCCUGGAAUACAGACAGAGCCGUUGCACCCGAUGCCGCUUCUGUUCCGUACACUGCCAUAAGUUCCUAGUGUCCAGGGUUGGUGAAGACUGGAUCUUCCUGGUCCUGCUGGGGCUUCUCAUGGCGCUGGUCAGCUGGGCCAUGGACUAUGCCAUCGCUGCCUGUCUGCAGGCUCAGCAGUGGAUGUCCCGGGGCUUGAACACCAGCCUCUUGCUCCAGUACCUGGCCUGGGUCACUUACCCCAUCGUCCUCAUCACUUUCUCAGCUGGAUUCACACAGAUCCUGGCUCCGCAGGCUGUUGGGUCUGGCAUCCCUGAGAUGAAGACCAUCUUGCGGGGAGUGGUGCUGAAGGAAUACCUCACCCUCAAGACCUUUGUAGCUAAGGUCAUUGGGCUGACCUGUGCCCUGGGCAGUGGGAUGCCCCUCGGCAAAGAGGGCCCUUUUGUGCAUAUCGCAAGUAUGUGUGCUGCCCUGCUCAGCAAGUUCCUCUCCCUCUUCGGAGGCAUCUAUGAGAAUGAAUCCCGGAACACAGAGAUGCUGGCUGCUGCCUGUGCCGUGGGAGUGGGCUGCUGCUUUGCAGCACCUAUUGGAGGCGUCCUGUUCAGCAUUGAAGUCACCUCCACCUUCUUUGCUGUGCGGAAUUACUGGCGGGGCUUCUUUGCUGCCACCUUCAGUGCCUUCAUCUUCCGGGUCUUGGCAGUCUGGAACCGUGAUGAAGAGACCAUUACGGCUCUCUUCAAAACCCGAUUCCGGCUUGACUUCCCCUUUGACCUCCAGGAGCUGCCGGCCUUUGCUGUCAUUGGGAUUGCCAGUGGCUUCGGGGGAGCACUCUUCGUCUACCUGAACCGGAAGAUUGUCCAGGUGAUGCGGAAGCAGAAAACCAUCAACCGCUUCCUCAUGAAGAAACGCCUGCUCUUCCCGGCUCUGGUGACCCUGCUCAUCUCCACUCUGACCUUCCCUCCUGGCUUUGGACAGUUCAUGGCCGGACAGCUCUCACAGAAGGAGACACUGGUCACCCUGUUUGACAACCGGACGUGGGUCCGCCAGGGCCUGGUGGAGGAUCUGGAGCCUCCCGGAACCUCACAGGCCUGGAGCCCACCACGUGCUAACGUCUUCCUCACGCUGGUCAUCUUUAUUCUCAUGAAGUUCUGGAUGUCUGCACUAGCCACCACCAUCCCAGUGCCCUGUGGGGCCUUCAUGCCUGUCUUUGUCAUUGGAGCAGCAUUUGGGCGUCUGGUGGGCGAAAGCAUGGCUGCCUGGUUCCCAGAUGGGAUUCACACGGACAGCAGCACCUACAGGAUUGUGCCAGGGGGCUAUGCAGUGGUGGGGGCAGCUGCGCUGUCAGGAGCAGUGACACACACAGUGUCUACGGCCGUGAUCGUGUUCGAGCUCACAGGCCAGAUCGCCCACAUCUUGCCCGUCAUGAUCGCCGUUAUCCUGGCCAAUGCUGUUGCCCAGAGCCUACAGCCCUCACUCUACGACAGCAUCAUCCGAAUCAAGAAACUGCCCUAUCUGCCUGAGCUGGGCUGGGGCCGCCACCAGCAGUACCGGUUGCGAGUGGAGGACAUCAUGGUGCGAGAUGUUCCCCACAUCGCCCUCAACUGCACGUUCCGGGACCUGCGGUUGGCACUACACAGGACCAAGGGCCGCAUGUUGGCUCUAGUGGAGUCCCCUGAGUCCAUGAUCCUUCUGGGCUCCAUCGAGCGCUCGCAGGUGGUGGCAUUGCUGGGGGCCCAGCUGAGUCCAGCCCGCCGGCGGCAGUACAUGCAGGAGCGUCGAGCUGCCCAGAUCUCUCCACCAUCUGAUCAGGAGAGUCCCCCCAGCCCUGAGACCUCUGUCCACUUCCAGGUGAACACAGAGGACUCAGGCUUCCCUGCAGCCCACGGGGAGACUCACAAGCCCCUGAAGCCUGCUCUCAAGAGGGGAUCCAGCAACACCAUGAACCUCGGGGAGAGUCCCACAGGGAACAUAGAGCCGGCAGGCAUCACCCUCAGGAGCCUGUUCUGUGGCAGUCCACCCCCUGAGGCUGCUUCCAAGUUGGAGAAGUUGGGAUCAUGUGACAAGCGCAAGCUGAAGCGGGUCCGAAUCUCCCUGACGAGCACCUCGGACCUGGAAGGCGAGAUGACCCCUCAGGAGAUUCUGGAGUGGGAGGAGCAGCAACUAGAUGAACCUGUCAACUUCAGUGACUGCAAAAUUGACCCUGCCCCCUUCCAGCUGGUGGAGCGGACCUCUUUGCACAAGACUCACACCAUCUUCUCACUGCUGGGAGUGGACCAUGCUUAUGUCACCAGUAUUGGCAGACUCAUUGGAAUUGUCACCCUGAAGGAGCUCCGGAAGGCUAUCGAGGGCUCUGUCACAGCACAGGGCGUGAAAGUCCGGCCACCCCUCGCCAGCUUCCGUGACAGUGCCACCAGCAGCAGCGACACAGAGACCACUGAGGUGCAUGCACUCUGGGGGACCCGCUCCCACCACGGCCUCCCCCGGGAGGGCAGCCCUUCUGACAGUGAUGACAAGUGCCAGUGAACCCCUCAAUGGGUGGCCUGGGAUGGCGGUGGCUGUGGCCCUCAGCCCAGAUCCUGCAGCUCCCUAUUCCUUCUGCCGUGGGAAAGCAGGAGGCAGCUGCAGCUGAAGGCUGGAGCCCCAGCCCCCCUUCCACACCUGGGUGCCAGCUUCUCCCAGUUCAUCCUACCUGGAAUCUCACCCAACACCCACCUGCAGCAAGCGUUCCAAGGGCAGGAAGAUCAGCACUGCCCUGGCAGAAUGCGGGUGGGAUCACUUGACCCUUGACCUUGUUCCCCCUUGGAGGAGAAAAGGGUAGAACUAAGAUGGGUUUAUACUGGAACCUCCAAUGACCAGAUGUAUAUAGAGAUUUACAAAGAUUUUUAUAUUAAUUUAAUAAAACAAAUUCUUAAAUAGAACAAAAUAAACACCUAAUGAGCCACUUAUAUAUAGAA